AUGGUCGACCCCAAAGUCACCGUCGACGGAGGAGAAGCUAAUUCGAAGAAGGACGCUGUUGGAAACGGAAACCGCCGUCGAUUGAGAAGUGCCGAUAUUGAAGAGGACGCACCGUCGACGUCGACGAAUCCGGUGAUGGAUUCGAGGGAAAGAACGGAAUCCACGAAAUGCAACGAAGGCACAGAAACGGGUGGGGAAGCACAUCUCGAAGGAAUACUCCCAUCAAGGGUUUUUGCAAUGGAUUGCUAUCCAGAACCAGCGAGGCUCAACAUAUAUUCGAAAGCAAGCGUCAUUGGGAGCGUGGCUGACGCACUGGCAGGAACAGAGGCCCUGGAAACGCUUCUCGGAUCCCAGUUUAGACAGCUGUUCAUGUUGCUCGUGGCCGGAUGUCCUAACUCAGGGAAACUCAUACACUCAAUACUCGCGAGGCAGUUGAUAACGAAGAAGAAAUACGAAUUGUGGGCAGUGUUUGGGGGAAAGCCUAUCAGGUUCUCAAUCCGGGAAUUCCAACGAGUGUCAGGGUUAAAAUGCUCCAAAAUACCUCAAGGACAUCCACUUGUUCCCGUAGUAUCGAAAGAACGGUCGAGAAAGUGGAAAGAGCUAUAUGGGGCCCAUUGUAAGCACAUGAGCGUUGAAGGUGCAUUGAAAUUGCUGGCAGACAAAGACCUCGACGAGUGUAAGCGAUUGCCGAUAGCACUGAUCAUUCUGAUUGACGGUGUCCUGGUUACGAACAAGACGCUGAAACUCACACCGGCGUACGUGGAUAAGCUUGAAGAUGUACAAGCUUUCCUUGAUUUUCCUUGGGGUAGGUUGUCAUUCAUCAGGACCUUACAUUGUUUCGGACCUGAACCGAUGUCCACGAAAACACCGAAUCCUAUAAAGAAGCUGAAGAAAAGGCUGACGCAGCAAACCUCAGCAUGCUACGGUUUUCCGUUAGCAUUGCAGCUGCUAGCUUUGGAGGCGAUCCCACUUCUACUUGAAAAAAUCCCAGACUCAAUGAAGACGGCGACAUUUUUAGAAGAACCAAGUUUCUGUGAAAGCGGAACCAUUCUGUUACAAGCUGUGAAAGCGGAACCAUUCUGUUACAAGCUGAGGACAUCUUAG